CAUCAUUUAAAUUUUGAUCAUGUUCAGCGAAAAUACGUGCUAUUGCUGGAUCACGUGUUGUUGAAAAAAAUCCAUUUGUUGAUAUUAAAUUAUUGAUAUUAUUUUGUAAUUUUUCAAUUCCAUUUCUAUUCAUUUUUGUUGUGUUAAUAAUAAGUGUUUCAACACAAAAAUAACCAAUAUACUUCAUUUGGUUGAAACACUUAGUUCAAGUCAUAUGAAUUCACUCGGUUCAAGAUUAAUUAAAACUGACCGUCACCAUAAUGAAAUUAAUCGAGACGAAGAAGAUGUAACUUUAAUUUGACUUUUCGGUCAGAAUGAUCGCCAAUGUUCGAUUGAUAAUAACGGUGCACUAAAGUAUACUGAUCAAGGUCAAUGUAUAAAUUAUAUAAGAUCAAGUAAUGCUAAUGCUAGUAUCUUUCUUAUUCUAAAUUUAAAUUAUAUCAAUCAAAUUUUACCUUACAUACAUUAUUUACAGCAGAUUAAAUUUAUAUUCGUUUAUGAGUUUCAGGAACAAUUAAAUAAAUAUAAAGCUGAUGUUUGUAAACAAUAUUUACCAAAAGUUUAUAAAAAUCAAAUAUUUACAAAUAAUAUUGAGUUGGUUGAAUGUAUAAAUAAAGAAAUAAAUCGUAUACAAAAACAAUUAUUAACGUUUCAAUUAUUUGAUCAAAAUCAACAAAAAUCAUUGAAAGAUUUAAACAAAGAAUCAGCAUCAUUUUUAUAUUCACAAUUAUUUUAUUAUUUAUUACGACAAAUGUCAAAGAAUGAACAAUCAAAACAGGAAAUGCUUGAUACAUCGUUGAGAACAGAUAACAUUGAGCUAUUAUAUACCUUUCGUUAUUACAUUAAUGAUCUUUGUUCACAUAUAAAUGAAUUAUAUCAACAACAAAUGGAAAAUACAACAAAUAACAUUAUUGUAUUAUACCGUGGACAACAUAUGACAGUUAUGGAAAUUGAAAAAUUACAAAAUAAUAUCAAUAAUUUAAUAUCAACAAAUGGAUUUUUUUCAACAACACGUGAUCCAGCAAUAGCACGUAUUUUCGCUGAACAUGAUCAAAAUUUAAAUGAUGGACUAGUAAGUGUUUUCAUUCAUAUUGAAAUUGAUCUCAAUGAGACAAAAACUAGUGUAUUUACUGACAUUGAACAAUUUAGUUUGAUACCGGAUGAACGUGAAGUCAUUUUUAAUAUAUCAUCAGUAUUCAUAAUAACUAGUUUGAAUUAUGAUAGUGAAUCUCAAAUUUGGAAUUUAGUUUUGAAAGCUACUGAUCAAGAUGAAACUAAUGUUAAUGUUCUAUUCGGUAAUGUUCUAAUUGAUAUGGGUCAAUAUAGGAGUUCGGAAAAAUAUUUAAAUUCACUAUUGCUAGAUAGAACUUUAACUGAUGAACACCGUGGCUCCAUUUAUUGUACACUUGGUCGUGCUCUUGGUCGUCAAAGUAAAUUGCAGCAAGCAAUUGAAAAUUAUGAUUGUGCAAUCAAGCUAUUACGUAAACCAUCAACUGUUGCCUAUUGUCUCUACUAUAUUGGAAACAUGUUUGUCAUUAAAAAUGACUAUGACAAAGCUAUUGAUAUUUAUAAACAAGUACUUGAUAUUCAAAGCACACAAGUGAUUCCAUCCUCGCUGAAUGAACGCCGUUUAGCUCAUACUAAUGCCGGUUUAAGUUGGGCUUUUCAAAAAAAAGGCCUGUACAAUGAAGCACUAGACUAUAGUUUAAAAGCAUUUGAAAUUAAACAAAAACAUUAUCCUACUAGUCAUCCAGCCAUUAUACAAAGUUUAAAUUUUAUUGGUUCGUUAUAUGAAGAAUUUCAAGGUCAAUAUGAUUUAGCUCUUAGUUACUUUAAUUUAGCUUAUGAACAUUGUGAAAAAGCACACAAACAAGAUCAUCCACAUGUUGGAGAUACCCUAUCGAAUAUUGGGACCAUUCAUUUAAAGAAAGGUGAUUAUGAUAUUGCAUACUAUUAUUUUGAUCGAGCUUUAAAUAUAAGAGAGAAACGUAAUAAACAGUCGCUAGCAGUUGCUUCUAGUCUAGAUUCGAUUGGUAAUAUUCAUCGAUAUAAAAAGCAAUACGAUCAAGCGUUGAAAUGUCAUUUUCGUGCUUUGAAUAUUCAUCAAAGUAUAUUAAAAUCAAAUGAUUUAACAUGUAGUUAUAGUCAACAUCAUCUUGGUAAUGUUUAUUACGAUAUGAAUAAUUUUGAAUUAGCAAAAUUUUAUUUACAACAAGCAUAUGAAACCAAAAGGAAAUGUUUAGGGGAUGAACAUUUAUCAACUUGCCGUACAUUAUGCUGUUUAGCUCCGUUGUAUGAUAACGAUGAAUUAGCUUUGAACACAUAUCAGAAAGUAUUAAAUAUUCAGCAACAAUUAUUUCCAAAAAAUAAUCAUCCAGAUAUUGGUAUUACAUUUUUGCAAAUGGGUAACUUUUAUCGUUAUCGAAAAAUGGAUUAUCACCAUGCAUUAGAAUAUUAUGCACAAUCAUUCAAUAUUAAACAGAAACUUUUAGGUGACAAUCAUCCGGAAACCAUCUUUGUUGCAAACAGUAUUGAAUGUAUGAGGGGUACGAUGGGAUAUGAUCAGCCUUGUUCUGUAGCGUAUUUUCCAGAGCGAAAAAGUUUUAUAUCUAGCGCGGCACGUAGUGGAAUUAACGACCAUUUUGUGUGA